AUGGAACUCUGCUGUGUCAGGCUGCUGGACGGUGGUAUCUUCGCGACUAACCCGGGCCACAUUUUCGGUCCUUCGCACGUUUCCGCUAGCUGUGGUGAUACUUGCUGCACCGCUGCGGCGAGAAGAGUGAACAAGGAUCUGCAAGCUGUGACGUUGGAUGAUGACUCCUCGCAUGUUCCCAAUGGUUGUGUGGACAUUGGCUGCACCGCUGCAGAUAUCGGAGUAAACAAGGAUUUGCAAUCUGUGACUUUGGAUGAUGGGGCUCGUUCCGGUGUGGGUUUCGGGCGUGUCCUUGACUUCGAUGGCAGUGCUCAUGAGGGUGGACGCUGGAGCCAGGAUGACCAGGAUCUCGUUAGCAAACUUCUUGCCUUGCUAGCCUCGCCCAAGGGAAAUGUGGAACAGCAGCUGAAGACGCUGCUCGCUCAGCACCGUAGUGAUCGAAAGAGCCGGUGGCAGCGACCUAAGGCCCCGCAGAAGUACUGGAAUGCCGCCCCCAGCGGCGAACCCGUGCCUGCCGCACGCCGGUGGGCCAAGGCCAAGGCGCACGAGCCAUCAGCCCAGGAUGAACCUUCAGGCUGGGAGCACUAUGUUUGGCAUCUCCGUAAAGACGACUGGGUUGCUGAUGAAGGCAGUAAUCUUCAGGUUCUUAACGCUCUUGAGGACUUGGGCAAUGCUCUUGAUGUUGAUGACUCGGGACAUGUAGUGGUCCGAGUGGGCUCGCUGGACGAGGCCACCGAGGCACUUGAGAUGAUUGCCGCUACUCCUUCGGCCUGUGGCACUCUUGUGCUUCCUGGCUCUGCUGAGGAGGAGUCCGCUCUUCCUGAGGCCGUUGCUGACUUCAAGCCGGUUCUGUCACAUUGUCGUGUUCCGGGCAAGCUGGGCCCUAAGCUCCAAACCAGACCGCUACCCUACUAUCGUUUGGCUCGGAGCCGCCCCGGCUUCGUCUCAAAGAACUCCUCGAGCUGGGUUUUGCGGGUUACCGCCGACUGGCACUACACGUGUGACGACUGGCAGCUGCUGCAGAAGCAGCCUUGGAGGCCUACGGUGACACUUGGGGUUGGCGUCGUCUUGGCGGUUCAGUCUUCUUUACCGACCCUGUUGGCGCUCCUCCGCCCUGCUUUUACGCUUCCAAAGUGGAUCUCUUGGGACGCUGCGGACCGUUGGGACGCUUACUUGCGAACGACUCGGGCCCAAGGCUCGAGUGGAGUUGUGCUUGGUGCUCGUCAGCUUGGAGUCCACGUCCGUGAGUCAGACGCGCAAUGGCAAGCGCCCGCUCGCACUUGGUCCAUCCGUUGGCUGCCCCAGAGCUUUACUCACUCUGACCUUGGAGCCAUGUUGUCAUCGAUGGGGUUCUGCGAAUUCCAGGUGCUUGGAAAGCUUGUGCGCCGGCAAGGCGCUGCUUGGACUUUUCGUGCUAAGCGUGAUGACCAGCUGGAAGUCGUGAUUGGAGCCUACGAGGAUGAGGCUGAGCGUGCUGUUGAGGUGCAAGCGAUGCUCGAAUCCAAGAGGAAUCUUUUGCGCAAGGGUGACAUGAUUCUAGUGAAGACUGGAAAAUGCCAGACCUGUGGGAUUUUCCUGACGUGGACCUUGAUGAGCCGGAGGAUGACCAAUCGCACGCGGCUAGCGGCCAGCCUAUAUAACCAUGGCGUUGCCGCUAUGGACUCCUCGUGUCCUCCUGACGAGGCUGCUGUGGGCACUAAGCGUGGCCCUCCUACUGAAGAGCAGCCUCAGAAGCAGGCUGUCCUGCGCGCCCGUGCGCCCUGGAAACCGCGUGGGCAGCGUGUCGCCAACGCUGGCGGCGGUGACUGCCUGUACUUGUCCUUGGCACAAGCGCUUCAAGAGGCCAAGCUGUUUGGGUCGAAUGGUGCCACCCAGUCCUCUGAUGCCACCUUCGACGCCUUCCUGCAAGCCUCUGCCCUCCUGGGCUCCUAG